AGUGAAACCUCAAUCUCUGGCUCGUGGUGACUAGUGGGGGAAAUCAGGUUUCGUCGCGGGCGCAGUCAGUGCGACGCUAGCUCCCCGCGCAGUCAUGGCUCAAUUGCUAAAUGAAUUUUAGUGAAAGUGUGCGAUACAACGUUCACAUUCGGAAACAGAUUUGUGUUAUGAUCGUUUACUGUGUGAAUGUAUUUGUGAAUGAUUUUGUUUUGCGGAUGCAGUGAAUAAGCCGCCAUCUGCAAACGGAUCUAGGCGACCACAGCACCGAGCGACAGAUUUAAAUCGAGUUGAAGUGUAUAGAAAGUGAAGUGUACAAGUGUAGGAGAGACACACAGUGCAUGUGUAGCGUGUAGCGGCCCUCACAAAUGAAGCGACGCAAGCCAAGGACACUGACUCCGGCGGUCAAACGAUUACUGUGAUCAUGUCUAUGGGAGUAUGGCUCACGGUAGCGGGAUGUCUUGUUCUGACAUCGUCACAGCAGCCUCCAGGCUUCCACCUGCCUGCGAUUAUGCACGUGGAGAGGAACUGGUUCGUGCCCUCCAACACUUUGAAGGGUACGCCCAUCACCCGGGUGUACAGCGACAAGACCGGCACAGAGGCUGUCACGUACGGCCUGGAAGCUGACGGCGCAUCUGUCCCGUUCGAGAUCAACCCUCAGACAGGAGUCGUUACUGUUAAUGACACUUUGAUUGAUAAGGAGAACCGCUCGUACUCUCUAUGGGUGACGGCAAUGGACGGCUCCAUACCACAGCGCACAGGAGUGUUCGCAAUAAUCACCGACAACUCAGGAGUCCGACCCAAAAUACCUCAACCACCAAUAUCCUCACUUCCGUUUCCACCUUACGCCAACGUGCCUUUACAACCAAAGAUACCUUUCACCACCAUAAGAACUACCAAAUUGAGAACAACAACCACAGAGUCUUACGAAGACCUACGCUUUCCUGAAGCCACCACGCUUCUGCCAGUCAACGAAGAACAAAACCCAGUUACAGACAAUAGAAUUUCAGUGGAACAAGCCAAUGGAACUUCUGGAGAUACCAAGCCAGCUAGUGAUACUGAGAAGUCUUUGACGAUCAUCCCUUUAGCGUCUGUCGGAUGCUUCCUGGUUGUAGUAGCGGGGGUGAUCCUGUUCAUCUGGAAGAAGAAUAGCGCUAGGAACUCUGAAAAGAAGGACAAAGAUGACAUGAGCAAAGACUCGGGUGGUAUCGUUCUCCAAGAUACGCCUUUUAAUGCAUGGGAACGUCCGCGCGCCAACUCUAAUAGAUACGAAUGCUGGGACGCCAACCACUUGCAGAUGUCCGAAGAGACGACCAUCACAAAGGACGACUAUGACGAGUGGGAGUUUCCACGGCACCGGCUGCGGAUCUUCAACAUAGUCGGCGAAGGCGCUUUCGGGCAGGUCUGGAGGGCGCAGGCAGUGGAUAUUGAUGGAAAGAAAGGGGAGCAGAUAGUAGCUGUGAAGACCCUGAAAGAGAAUGCCUCAGAAAAGGAAAAGACUGAUUUGCUGCAAGAGUUGAUCGUGAUGAAGAACCUUGGACCACAUCCCAAUGUCGUCCGCCUCAUCGGAUGCUGUACUGAAAAGGAGCCAACCCUGGUGAUCAUGGAGUUUGUGAGUCUCGGCAAGCUGCAGCAGUUCCUGCGAGACUCCCGCGCCGAGCGCCACUACGGGAACACUCACGGAGGCAGCCAGUUCCUUACCUCGCGUGAUCUCACUCACUUCGCCUUCCAAGUCGCCAGGGGAAUGGACUUUCUUAGCUCGAAGGGGAUAAUUCACAGAGAUCUCGCGGCUAGGAACGUGCUGAUAACAGAAGAACGAACCUGCAAAGUUGCGGACUUUGGGUUUGCGCGAGAUGUCGGCGGCAGCCACGUCUACGAGCGGAAGAGCGACGGGCGGCUGCCCAUCAGAUGGAUGGCGCCUGAAUCACUAUACGAUGAUAUAUUUAGUGUCAAGUCUGAUAUCUGGAGUUUCGGAGUACUCCUCUGGGAGAUUGUCACCCUUGGAUCUACGCCCUAUCCUGGGCUCUCCGCUGGAGACGUGAUGAGAAAGGUCCGCGACGGUCACCGCCUCGAGAAGCCGGAGCACUGUCGUCGAGAGCUGUACAAUAUCAUGUACUACUGCUGGGAAGCUGAACCCUCAGCUCGACCAGACUUCAAGGAGAUAGUAGCCAUGCUGGAGAAACUGCUGUGUACCGAGAUGGAUUACAUAGAACUAGAGAGGUUUCCAGACCACUCUUAUUAUAAUGUUCAGAAUUUGGAUGGAGAAAAAUUAUAAAAGUCAUCCAUCCUCUAAUUUGCUGCUAUGACCUUUUGAACGGUGGCCCCAGCUAGCCCGCCGCGCCGUGGCGCUGUUGGUCGCCGCUCCCCGCAGACGGAAUGUAAUGCCUCAGAGAUUGGGCUUUUGUUAAGAAAUCCGCAGUCAUUUAUUAUUAGAUCAGAGCUACUCUGGAUUUUAUCUCAUGAACGAUUUGCUCGAUACCCACUUUACCGCUUAAACGACUAAGUUGUGUAAAGGACUCUCACAAAUAUAUAGCCUUAACUAAACUGAAAAGAAUAUUAAUUAAGUUAAGAGCUUUAGCUAAGAUAUAAGUUCAUAUUUUUUGAGCCCGUAACGUGUCGCGAAGGUUAAUUAACGCAAUACUCGAUCGUACAGUCUGUUGAUUGGUAGGUAGUAGUACCGCUGUAGUACCGCUGGUCAAUUAUAUUUUUUAAACGUGAUUAUUUUUGUUAUUUUACUACUGCCAUGUUAGUGGUCACCGAUCAACUGUUUCUCAUCAAUUUAAGUAUCUUUUAUACAGUCAAAAAAUGGAUCGAACAGAACCAAAAACAAUGAAUAAUAAUAAUAACUUGUAGUCUAAUAACUUGUAAUAGUCUAAUAACUUGUAUGUUUUAGUAAAACUAGAUAUAAUUUAUUUUGCGAAUAUUGUGUAUAUAGCGUUGUGUAUAUAAUUUGAUACGAAUAAUAAAA